AAACCAACCCUGGCUUCGAACUUCCACUCCUCGUCCGCCCAACUCACCGUUCUCUCGUUUUAUUUCGGUCGACAAGAUUGGGAAAUCACGACUCGGUGAUUGAAAGGGAAAUCCACCAACCAUUGGGCGUUCGAUUCAACCUGGAGCUUCACAUCCGACCGCACCUGGUGUCGCUCACCCCCCUACCGCAUCAUGGCAGACAGUAGACACCACCACCACGCCCGCCGGGCGCAACAGUCCGAAAACUUCGAUGCCUCCGAACUCACUCGAUCCUUCGAGCAGCUGAUGCGCAACAAGAGGUUCAAUCGUCUUCAGGAACAGUCGAGAAGCCGGUCUCGCACGCAAUCACCCUCGCCUGGCCCCCAGAUGUCCUCUCCCGGUCCCUUCCCUCCUCCCCCCUCGCGAGCACCACCACCACCCCCGACCGCCGGUUUUCAAUCCCCCCAGCUUCCGCCGCAGCCGUCGACUCCUCGGUCUUCUCUGCUGCGAGGUCUCCCAAUCGUCCCGUCACCGCCCCAGGACCCUGCCGCCCUGAAGUUCCGGAAUCUCCUUCACGUCUUGUCGGUGACGCCGACCAAGUAUGAGAACCCUGGCCUCCUCGACGAGGCGCUCGCCCUUAUCCCUCUGGAUAGACUGUAUUCGGAGGCAGAGGAGGAGAGCCAGAUCAUGCAGGCCCAGGCUGCUAGCGUAAGGGGUAAACCGGAAUGGGGCUAUCAGGAUUGCGUCAUCAGGGCUUUGUUGAGGUGGUUCAAGCGAUCCUUCUUCCAGUUCGUCAACAACCCGGCCUGCGCGCAAUGCCUCACGCCUACCAUCGCCCAGGGUAUGACGCCGCCCACACCGGAUGAGACUGCUCGUGGCGCUACACGAGUCGAGCUCUACCGAUGCUCCGAGGUGACGUGUGGGGCUUACGAGCGAUUCCCCCGGUAUUCCGACGUUUGGCAACUGCUGCAGACUCGACGAGGACGUGUUGGUGAAUGGGCAAACUGUUUCAGCAUGUUCUGCCGAGCGCUCGGCGGCCGCGUGCGAUGGGUGUGGAACUCGGAAGAUUACGUAUGGACGGAGGUGUACUCGGAGCACCAGAGACGCUGGGUGCAUGUUGACGCCUGUGAAGAGGCCUGGGAUCAGCCUCGUCUCUAUGCCGAAGGCUGGGGUCGAAAGAUGUCGUACUGUGUCGCUUUCUCGAUUGAAGGCGCUACCGACGUCACUCGCCGGUAUGUUCGAAGCCCGACGAAGCACGGAGCGCCGAGGAACCGUACCACGGAGGAGGUGCUUCACUGGGUCAUCCUUGAAAUCCGAAAGAAGCGCCGCGACAACGGGUCCAAGACGGAUCAACGACGAUUGAUGAAGGAAGACGAGCGGGAAGAGAGAGAGCUGCGCGCAUACACCGCGUCCGCCCUCGCUGCUGAGCUCAACAACCUGAUGCCCCGGAACCACGCCAGUGGACGAUUGGACGAACAGAAAACGCCCACGCGGCAGGACGCGGAUUGGGUCAGUGCGAGACAGGCUGGGCAACAUGGCCCAGACCGGUCACAGGACGGGCGGUAACGACGUGUAACGACUCAAGUCUUUUUGCUUCAGUUCAACGCAUUUGAUUGCUAGGGCAAACUCCAACCCUGCCACCGAUCUCUUGCGAAAACAAAAAACCCCUACGACGAGCACGACGAGGUUAAAAAAAACAAGCAUGACUGGGCCGCUUUCUACCAUCCACUCAAGGGUAUGAGGUACGAUCGCGGGAUCAGUCCGUUAAUUUCAGAUUCAUCCCAUCGACACUGUACGCUUUCAUGACACGCACCUAGUUUGUGUGUUCAUGCCGCGGCGCGUCGAUCAAACAUGAUGAAAUCCGACUUAAUAUCGUCAGCCCGCCUGGCGGGACGUCAUCCCCCUCCCGACCGA